GAGAGCGAGAGCUCAGAGCCGGGAAGGAUGAGGCGCCCGCGGCGGCCCGGGGGUCCCGGGGGUCCCGGGGGCUCCGGGGGCUUCGGGAGCCUCCGGCUGCUGGUCUGCCUGCUGUUGCUGAGCGGCCGCCCCGGGGGCUGCAGCGCCAUCAGUGCCCACGGCUGUCUGUUCGACCGCAGACUCUGCUCGCAUCUGGAAGUCUGCAUUCAGGAUGGCUUGUUUGGACAGUGCCAGGCGGGAGUGGGGCAGGCACGGCCCCUCCUUCAAGUCACUUCCCCAGUUCUCCAGCGCUUGCAAGGUGUGCUCCGGCAACUCAUGUCCCAAGGCUUGUCCUGGCACGAUGACCUCACCCAGCACGUCAUCUCCCAGGAGAUGGAGCGCAUUCCCAGGCUUCGUCCCCCAGAGCUCCAUCCAAGGGACAGGUCUGGUUUGGUGCCCAGGAGACCAGGCCCUGCAGGGGAACUGCUAUCUCAGGGCCAUCCCACCAGCUCCUCUCCUGCUGCCCAGGGGCUCCCUCGGCUUCCUGGGGGUGGAAAUGGAGCUGGGGCGGCGCCCCCACUGUCCUCUCUGCAGGCUGAGUUGUUGCCCCCUCUCUUGGAGCAUCUGCUAAUGCCCCCACAGCCCCCUCACCCUGCUCUGACAUAUGAGCCUGCACUGCUACAGCCUUACCUCUUCCACCAGUUUGGCUCCCGAGAUGGCUCCCGGGCCUCAGAGAGCUCCUCUGGGGUAGUCGGUGUAGGCCACCUGCCCAAGGCAGAAGGUUCUGCACUCUUCAGCAGAAGUGUCUCCAAGGCCAUUUUGGGGACUCACUCUGGACACUCCUUUGGGGACCUCACAGGUCCCUCGCCUGCUCAGCUUUUCCAGGAUCCGGGGCUGCUCUACAUGGCCCAAGAUUUGCCAGUGCCUGGCAGGGCCCGGGCACCAAGGUUACCAGAGGAAGGGGGCAGCAGCCGGGCAGAGGACUCUUCAGAGGGCCGUGAGGAGGAAGCACUAGGGGCUCGUGGGGAGAAGUCGCCUCCCCAAGCAGCACAAGCAGAUGUGAGUCUACAGAGAUUGGCUGCUGACCUGGCAGGCUUCGGAGUAGAGCUGCGUCAGCUGACCCCGGAGCAGCUGUCUACCCUCUUGACCCUGCUGCAGUUGCUGCCCAAGGGCACAGGAAGAAAUCCUGGAGGGGCUGCGAAUGUGGGAGGAGCCGAUGUCAAGAAAACAAUAGAAGAACAAGUGCAGAGAGGAGACAGAGCAGACGCUCGACCCCCGACACCAUUGCUUCCUGGACACCCCACUGCCAGCCCCCCCUCCAGUGAAGUUCAGCAGGUGCUGAGCCCCGGUUUCCCUGAACCUUCCCACACAUCCAGUCCUCUGGGCACCUCAUCGGUCCUGCUGGAGAAGAAAAGUCUCUUGGGCCAGAGCCAGCCCACAGUGGUGGGACAGCCGUCAGCUCGCCCCUCGGCUGAGGAGUAUGGCUACAUAGUCACUGACCAGAAACCCCUGAGUCUGGUGGCCGGAGUGAAGUUGCUGGAGAUCCUGGCUGAGCACAUACAUAUGUCUUCGGGCAGCUUCAUCAACAUCAGUGUGGUGGGACCAGCUGUCACCUUCCGAAUCCGGCACAAUGAGCAGAACCUGUCUUUGGCAGAUGUGACCCAGCAAGCUGGGCUGGUGAAGUCUGAACUGGAAGCGCAGACAGGGCUCCAGAUUUUGCAGACAGGGGUGGGACAGAGGGAGGAAGCAGCUGCAGUCCUUCCCCGACAAGCCCAUGGCGUAUCUCCCAUGCGCUCAGUGCUACUUACUCUGGUGGCCCUGGCAGGUGUCGCUGGGCUGCUAGUGGCUUUGGCAGUGGCCCUGUGUAUGCGCCAUCAUUCAAGACAGCGGGACAAGGAGCGCCUGGCAGCGCUGGGGCCGGAGGGGGCCCACGGUGACACAACCUUUGAGUACCAGGACCUGUGUCGCCAGCACAUGGCCACAAAGUCCCUGUUUAACCGGGCAGAGGGUCAGCCAGAGCCUUCUAGGGUGAGCAGUGUGUCCUCUCAGUUCAGCGACGCGGCCCAGGCCAGCCCCAGUUCCCACAGCAGCACGCCAUCCUGGUGCGAGGAGCCGGCCCAGGCCAACAUGGACAUCUCCACGGGACACAUGAUUCUGGCAUAUAUGGAGGAUCACCUUCGGAACCGGGACCGGUUGGCCAAGGAGUGGCAGGCCCUGUGCGCCUACCAAGCGGAGCCAAACACCUGUGCCACCGCACAGGAGGAGGGCAACGUCAAGAAGAACCGCCAUCUUGACUUCCUACCCUAUGACCACGCCCGAAUCAAGCUGAAAGUGGAGAGCAGCCCUUCUCGGAGUGAUUACAUCAACGCCAGCCCCAUCAUCGAGCAUGACCCUCGGAUGCCGGCCUACAUAGCCACACAGGGACCGCUGUCCCACACCAUCGCGGACUUCUGGCAGAUGGUGUGGGAGAGUGGCUGCACUGUCAUCGUUAUGCUGACCCCGUUGGUGGAGGACGGCGUCAAACAGUGUGACCGCUACUGGCCAGAUGAAGGGUCCUCCCUCUACCACGUCUAUGAGGUGAACCUGGUGUCGGAGCACAUCUGGUGCGAGGACUUCCUGGUGCGGAGCUUCUACCUGAAGAACGUGCAGACCCAGGAGACGCGCACGCUCACUCAGUUCCACUUCCUCAGCUGGCCGGCAGAGGGCACUCCGGCCUCCACGCGGCCGCUGCUGGACUUCCGCAGGAAAGUGAACAAGUGCUACAGAGGCCGCUCCUGCCCCAUCAUAGUGCACUGCAGUGAUGGUGCAGGGAGGACAGGCACCUACAUCCUUAUUGACAUGGUCCUGAAUCGCAUGGCGAAAGGAGUGAAGGAGAUUGACAUCGCUGCCACCCUGGAGCAUGUCCGUGACCAGCGGCCUGGCCUUGUCCGGUCCAAGGACCAGUUUGAGUUUGCGCUGACAGCUGUGGCGGAGGAGGUGAACGCCAUCCUCAAGGCCCUGCCCCAGUGAGCGCCCGGGCACCUCAGUGGGCCUCCUGGCCUCUGCUCCUUCUGCCUGUGUGAGCAUUUGUGCACCCAAUCUUCAGCCCCCACCCAUCUGCUGCCUUGGUCCGACUUGGGCAUGGUAGCCCUUCCCACCCCAGUGUGGAAGGGAGUCGGGAGGGAAAGGGUAGGUCCACCCUGCUUUAUCCAUGCUACAACCAAGGUAUCCCGUGGGAAACAGACAGCAGGCAAGGGGAGGAGUGGGCACUGGCAACCCCUGUGCCCGAGCCCCAUCCUACCUGAGUCUCCGUCUCCCUCUGCGGAUGCGAACCCCCCUCCUCCCACCAGCCCCGCAUAUAGACAAAGCAGAGCGAGAAGGCCCCAGCUCCCCCAACCCUGCUACCACUGGCCUGCCACCUUGACCCUGCUCAACCGUCUCCCUCUAGCACAAGGGAACAUUUCUAGAAAAAUCUACUUUUGUAUCAAUGUGAAUAAACUUAGUGUGUUGUCUGCGCAGCUGCAA